AUGCUGGAACUGUGUCUCCUCGGACUGUACAUCCAGAGGGCCUGGCGCCAGUUUGCAAAGAAUAAGAGGCAGCUGGACAGCUACGUAACGAAACAAUGGGAAAUCGAGCCGGCAUUCCUUGUGAUAAAACAGAAGAUCGGACGCGGCGCUUUUGCCAACGUACAUCAUGGGACGUAUUAUGGACCCUUGCCCUGUAUACUUACAAAUACGGAUUUACAGGACCGUUUUCCCGUCGAUCGUAAAGAUGUCGAACUUUCUGAUUUCGGGUUGAGCCGUCAAUCCGACCUGUUCUCCUCCCACGCCGGACACAUCCCCAUCAAGUGGAGCGCACCGGAAGCCAUCGAAUUUGGCAUUUUCUCACAGCAAUCCGAUGUUUGGUCCUUCGGCGUUCUCAUCUGGGAAAUGUACUCCCUUGGCGACCUACCCUACGAAGCCGUAGAACCGAAGCUCAUGCUCGAGUCAUUGAAAAGAGGAUACCGGCUCGAUCCACCGGCAGAGACACCAGAUGCUUUACGCUUGCUGAUGAUCUCGUGUUGGGAGAAUCGGGUCAGCAAUCGACCGUCGCUCGCCACCAUUGUCGCGACGCUACACGCCUAUGUACACGGGGAUUCGGCGAAUUGUGGCUUG